CCAGGGCCCCAGUUCUCAUCUACUGGCUCCCUGCAUUUGUGUGAUCACUGCCACCAUCCAGAAACAAAUGGCCCUUCCAGUCCAUUCUCAGAGGCCAGGCCAGGCCAGUGGACCACCCAAAGGCUGGGGAAGGAGGAAGAGGGGAUCCCUGGCCCCAUUCCUGGGGGCUUGCUCACCUGUCCCAGGCUGCUGGCACUGCAGGCAGCAGGUUCAGGCCGUCUCUUCACAGCUCCUGGAGGUAAUCCCCGACUCCAUGAGGAAGCAGGAGGUGCACACCGGCAGGGAGGCCGGCCAGGGCCACGGCACGGGCUCCCCAGCCGAGCAGGUGAAAGCCCUCAUGGAUCUGUUGGCAGGGAAAGGCAGUCAAGGCUCACAGGCCCUGCAGACCCCAGACAGGACACCCGACUCCCCGCUGGGGCCCCGCAGCAAUGACUCCAGGAUGCAGAGGCACCGCGAGGCCCUGUUGAGCAGGGUGGGAGGUGGCCCAGAGCCAGGAGGCCCCUUGCACAGGCUGCCCUCCCUCUUGCUGGUGGAGGGCCUGACGGACCUGCAGCUGAGGGAGCAUGACUUUACGCAGGUGGAGGCCACCCGUGGGGGUGGGUGUCCCGCCAGGACUGUUGCCCUGGACCGGCUCUUCCUGCCUCUCUCUCGGGUGUCUGUCCCACCCCGAGUCUCCAUCACCAUCGGGGUGGCCGGCAUGGGCAAGACCACCCUGGUGAGGCACUUCGUCCGCCUCUGGGCCCGCGGGCAGGUCAGCAAGGACUUCUCGCUGGUGCUGCCUCUGACCUUCCGAGAUCUCAACACCCACGAGAAGCUGUGCGCUGACCGACUUGUCCGCUCUGUCUUCCCACACGUCGGGGAACCCAGCCUGGCAGUGGCAGCCCCAGCCAGGGCCCUCCUGAUCCUGGACGGCUUGGACGAGUGCAGGACUCCUCUGGACUUCUCCAACACCGUGGCCUGCACGGAUCCCAAGAAGGAGAUCCCGGUGGACCACCUGAUCACCAACAUCAUCCGUGGCAACCUCUUUCCAGAAGUUUCUGUCUGGAUCACUUCCCGUCCCAGUGCAUCAGGCCAGAUCCCAGGGGGCCUGGUGGACCGGAUGACUCAGAUCCGGGGCUUUAGUGAGGAGGAGAUCAAGGUGUGUUUGGAGCAGAUGUUCCCUGAGGACCAGGCUCUCCCGAGCUGGGUGCUGAGCCAAGUGCAGGCCGACAGGGCCCUGUACCUGAUGUGCACUGUCCCAGCCUUCUGCAGGCUCACGGGGGCGGCACUAGGCCACCUGUGGCGCAGCAGGACAGGGCCCCAGGACGCAGAGCUGUGGUCCCCAAGGACCCUGUGUGAGCUCUACUCAUGGUACUUUAGGAUGGCCCUCAGUGGGGAGGGGCAGGAGAAGGGCAAGGCAAGCCCUCGCAUCGAGCAGAUGGCCCACAGUGGCCGCAAGAUGGUGGGGACACUGGGCCGGCUGGCCUUCCACGGGCUGCUCAAGAAGAAGUACGUGUUUUAUGAGCAAGACAUGAAGGCAUUUGGGGUAGAUCUCGCUCUGCUGCAGGGCGCCCUGUGCAGCUGCUUCCUGCAGCGGGAGGAGACGCUGGCAUCCUCGGUAGCCUACUGCUUCACCCACCUGUCCCUGCAGGAGUUUGUGGCUGCCGCAUAUUACUAUGGCGCAUCCAGGAGGGCCAUCUUCGACCUCUUCACCGAGAGUGGUGUGUCCUGGCCCAGGCUGGGCUUCCUCACGCAUUUCAGGAGCGCAGCCCAGAGGGCCAUGCAGGUGGAGGACGGGAGGCUGGAUGUGUUCCUGCGCUUCCUCUCUGGCCUCUUGUCUCCGAGGGUCAACGCCCUCCUGGCCAGCUCCCUGCUGGCCCAAGGCGAGCACCAGGCCUACCGGACUCAGGUGGCUGAGCUCCUGCAGGGCUGCCUGCGCCCUGAUGCUGCGGUCUGUGCACGGGCCAUCAACGUUCUGCACUGCCUGCAGGAGCUGCAGCACACAGAGCUGGCCCGCAGCGUGGAGGAGGCCAUGGAGAGUGGGGCCCUGGCUGGGCUGACUGGCCCUGCGCACCGUGCUGCCCUGGCCUACCUCCUGCAGGUGUCCGACGCCUGCGCCCAGGAGGCCAACCUGUCCUUGAACCUCAGCCAGGGCGUCCUUCAGAGCCUGCUGCCCCAGCUGCUUUACUGCCGGAAGCUCAGGCUGGACGCCAACCAGUUCCAGGACCCCGUGAUGGAGCUGCUGGGCAGCGUGCUGAGUGGGAAGGACUGUCGCAUUCAGAAGAUCAGCCUGGCGGAGAACCAGAUCAGUAACAAAGGGGCCAAAGCUCUGGCCAGAUCCCUCCUGGUCAACAGAAGUCUGACCUCUCUGGACCUCCGCAGUAACUCCAUUGGACCACAAGGGGCCAAGGGACUGGCAGAUUCUCUGAAGAUCAACCGCACUCUGACCUCUCUGAGCCUCCAGGGCAACACCAUCAGGGAUGAUGGUGCCAAGUCCAUGGCUGAGGCCUUGGCCUCCAACCGGACCCUCUCCGUGCUGCACCUGCAGAAGAACAGCAUUGGGCCCACGGGAGCCCAGUGGAUGGCAGAUGCCUUGAAGCAGAAUAGGAGUCUGAAGGAGCUCAUGCUCUCCAGUAAUAGUAUUGGUGAUGGAGGUGCCAUGGCCCUAGCUGAGGCCCUGAAGGUGAACCAGGGCUUGGAGAGCCUGGACCUGCAGAGCAAUUCCAUCAGUGACGCGGGAGUGGCAGCACUGAUGGGGGCCCUCUGCACCAACCAGGCCCUCCUCAGCCUCAGCCUUCGAGAAAACUCCAUCAGUCCUGAGGGAGCCCAGGCCAUCGCGCGUGCCCUCCGUGCCAACAGCACCCUGAAAAACCUGGACCUGACAGCAAACCUCCUCCACGACCAGGGUGCCCAGGCCAUUGCAGUGGCAGUGACAGAAAACCGUGCCCUCACCUCCCUUCACCUGCAGUGGAACUUCAUCCAGGCCGGCGCUGCCCAGGCGCUGGGACAAGCACUACAGCUCAACAGGAGCCUCACCAGCCUAGAUUUACAGGAGAACGACAUCGGGGAUGACGGAGCAUGUGCGGUGGCCCGUGCACUGAAGGUCAACACAGCCCUCACUGCUCUCUAUCUCCAGGUGGCAUCCAUUGGUGCUCCGGGUGCCCAGGUGCUAGGGGAAGCCCUGGCUGUGAACAGAACCUUGGAGAUUCUCGACUUAAGAGGAAAUGCCAUCGGGGUGGCUGGAGCCAAAGCCCUGGCGAAUGCUCUGAAGGUAAACUCCAGUCUCCGGAGACUCAAUCUUCAAGAGAAUUCCCUGGGGAUGGACGGGGCAAUAUUCGUUGCCACGGCACUGUCUGGAAACCACAGGCUCCAGCAUAUCAAUCUCCAGGGAAACCACAUUGGAGACUCUGGGGCCAGGAUGAUCUCAGAGGCCAUCAAGACAAAUGCUCCCACGUGCACUGUUGAAAUGUGAGCAAAAUGAGUUCCUGUUGGAUGGAGCAGGAGGACGGGCAGAGUCAGCUGGAAGCUUUCGAACAGAAACGGCAACUUCUGGGGACCUUCCUGGGAGCUGGGAACGCUGCUCACUCAGCACGAGAGCUGGGCUCCGCACGGAAGGAGAGGUGCUGCCAAAGGACAUCGUGAGCCCCUCUCCUGGUGGCAGGAGUGGUCCAGGCAGGGGCCAACGGGUACUCUGCUACAGCACAGAGAAGGGAGGGGGCCACCACCAAGGGACUAGGGGACAAAGGCCUGAAAGCUCAGCAUUGCAGGAGGCUAGUUCCGGCUUAUUUACAACCUGAGGACUUCAUAUGCCCCCAACUCUUAAAAAUGUUGAUUACUGCCCCUUUCCACUCACCUGGUUAAAAUCAACUCAAGUCUGUGAGGAGCAUGCGUUUGGGAGGGGCGACAGAGGGGACCCUUCUUUCUUUUCUCAAGAAGAAGGUUUUAGGGCAUCAAGCUUACAGACAUGAAAAAAUUAUGGAAAAAUUGUGAAGGAAAAUUGAAAGUUUUAAUUCUAGGAUUCUAGAAAAAGAGACAAGAGAAUUGAUUUUUUUUUUUUUUUUUUUCAGACAGAGUC